GAAAGAGGCUGGGCAGGUUUUCCCGGGCUGCCUCCCUCGGACGGUAGAACCCCAUGAGUCGUACAUGAAGGUGAGAAGCGCUUGCAUUUGCUGUUCAGCUCAAACCCGCUGCAGCCCUCUUUUUUGUAUAGCAAACUCCAUUGAGAGACAUCUGUUCCUCCUUGUCCGGCGGAACGAGCGGCUUCACGGCCACGCCAACGCGACAGCGCGGUCUCUGCCAUGGCUUCGGAUGAGCCAAUUACAAUCAGCUUUUGACGUCAGACAUGUCAACGUCCUCCAAGAUCCGAGGGGGCGCCCUUCGCUUGCGGCCUUUCUACGCGACCGUAUUCUUAAUAUGUCUUUUGGCAUCCUGGUCCAUCUUGACCAAGGCUACCCAACGACAGCUUCAGCUGCAAGACGCCUCAUUCUCACUCUCAUCCUCACCCCUCACCAAACGAUCCGAGUUCACCGAGUGCCGAGAUGUCCACCGCGCCGAUGAUCAGUGUGCCUUUGUCAAGGCUCACUGCGCCGAGGACGAGGCUGGCCUCCUAUCCUACCUGACGCUGUAUUAUUGCGACCUUGGCAAGGCUCAGUGGUUGGCCUUCAUUAUCCUGGUCUGCUGGCUCGGCUUGCUCUUCACCACUAUUGGCAUCGCCGCCAGCGACUUCUUCAGCGUUAAUCUCAGCACAAUCUCGGCCAUCCUCGGCCUCAGCGAGAGUUUGGCUGGCGUCACCUUCCUCGCCUUUGGCAAUGGCUCACCCGACGUCUUCAGUACUUUUGCAGCCAUGGGCUCAAAUAGCGCCAGUAUGGCUGUUGGAGAGCUGAUCGGUGCUGCAAGCUUCAUCACCGCCGUCGUUGCCGGGUCCAUGGCUUUGGUUCGCGAGUUUAAAGUUGGCAGGAAGACGUACGUCAGGGAUCUCUCUUUCUUCAUCGUGGCUGUCUGCUUCACCAUGGUGUUCCUGGCAGAUGGCCACCUGCAUUUAUGGGAAUGCAUAACGAUGGUCUGUUACUACAUCUUCUACGUGGUUACCGUUGUCACAUGGCAUUGGUACUCAACAAGGCGGAGCCAGCGGCGGGUCCGGGAAGCAGCCGCACGAGGUCAUGUCUACGGGACGGUGGGGCAUCUCAGCGACGAGCUGGCACCGGAACCAUACCGGGAUGAUCCCGACGAUGAGGACCGGCACGUCACCUCCGCAGCCGCUUCCAGCGCUGGAGACAUCAACGCAUUGGAAGCUGGCCCUAGGAUCGAAGUUGAUGGUCAAGGAGAGAGUGACGAGGAGGCGGAAGACAGCGAUCAUGGGCGGCACGUCGUCGCAGAGAUGGCCAGCAGCAUGCGAGUGUUGCGUCCUAGAGGCAGAAGGCGCAAUACACUCACGCCUAUUCGUCCCAGUCUAGUCGGCGCUCUCGAAUUCCGAUCUGCUCUGGCUCAAUUGCAGAAGGAAAGCAACCACAGGAUGAGACCGAUGCAUGGGCGAGCCUACUCGGUCAACCACCUCGGGGGACAAAGUGAAACGAACACAGUGGGAGGGCCGCCAUCCGACUCAGGAAGAUACACGAUAGGUGCCGUUGAGGAAUAUGGUCAGAACAGGAAUCGGGCCUUGUCCUCUGGCGAUAUCCCCGGAUCUAUUAACAGUCGCGACCAUUCGCCAUCGCCAUGGCGCUUUCCAACACCCGCAGACCCGAUCCAACAGAUAAAGGCCCAAGAGAGCAGAAACCGAAGUCUGUCACCAGCUUACAAAAUCGGUGGCAACUUGGCACCUCCUCCAGUCGACGCCGUACCACAAAGACAGGACAGUGGGGGGAGCGAACCUUUGGAGGCUCGGCCAUCACCUGGUCAACUUUCCCUCCAAAUACCAAGUCGGCGUGGCAGCAUGAGCGUCGGGUCUUCGCCUGCAUCGCCCUUCCCUGGUUACACCGAAUCGCCUCUUGUUUUAACGCCUGCUGCUCAGACCGAGCCGACCGAGUUUUUUGCGCCGCCUGGUCCGGCUCGCCUCGAAGUGCCAUUUGCGCCUUAUGAGAUGGCCAACCCCAAGCCUAUAAGGUGGUGGCCUUACGCCAUUCUGCCUCCGCCGCAUAUCUUUUGGGCAACGUUGUUCCCGACUCUGCUAGGAUGGAAGCAGAAAAGCCACUGGGACAGAUUUGUCAGUGCUAUAUCUGUACCAAGCAUCUUGCUCUUGGUGUUGACACUUCCGGUUGUCGAAAACGAGAGCGCGGAUGAUUCAUCCGACGAGACUGCCGUGGAUCCCAUGAUGCGAGAUCACUCCCACUGCGACGCUCCAGUACCUGCCGACGCCUACGAAGACGAUCAGGGGGAGACGGAGUGGCAGCGCUUCAGACGGGCUACUCUGUCGCACGCUCACGGGCAGUCACUUGAUCACUCCCCCAAGGGCUCUCCAGCGCUCAUUGCCAUCGAUUCUCCGAGUGGUGCGCGUGUGGCAGCUGAAAUACCUACGAGUCACCCACAAGCCAUCAAACCCGCCAAGCCGUUGCCUUCGGAGAGCAGUCUAGCUCCUGUAGACGAGUCGGGACAGUGGAACAGAUGGCUCGUCGCGAUCCAGCUCUUCACCGGGCCUUUAUUCGCCGUCAUCAUUCUCUGGGCAAACAUGAAGGAAGACUUUCAACAACCCUACAAGGUCCUCGUCAGACUCAUCCUGUAUACACUCCUAGGAUCCACGAUUCUUCUCGGCUUCCUUCUCCUAUCGACUAGUCCUGAUAAGAAGCCAAAGUACCAUUUCUUGCUUUGCUUCAUGGGUUUCAUCAUUGCUAUAGCCUGGAUUUCUACCAUCGCUGGGGAAGUCGUCGGUGUCUUGAAAGCAGUGGGCGUCAUUUUCGGCAUAUCGGAAGCCCUCCUGGGCUUAACCAUCUUCGCAGCGGGCAACAGUGUGGGUGAUCUAAUUGCCGAUAUCACCGUUGCCCGGCUCGGGUUCCCCGUCAUGGCAUUGUCUGCUUGCUUUGGUGGGCCCAUGCUCAACAUCCUGCUCGGCAUAGGAAUUGGCGGUGUCUACAUGAUGGUCCAGGCUGCCAACCACCGACAUAAGAAACACCCUGACAAGCCAUUUAAGUACCACUCCUACAACAUUCAAAUUGGAGGCACGUUGAUGAUAUCGGCCAUCACGCUACUCAUCACACUGCUCGGCCUCCUCAUCAUCGUACCCAUGAACAAGUGGGUGAUGUCACGGAAGAUCGGCUACGGUCUCAUUGUGUUGUGGAUGAUCAGCACCAUCGUCAACGUUGUUGUCGAGCUGACCGGAGUUUGGACCGAUGUGUCCUAUUCCCUUUCUUUCUAACGGUACAUUUCUCCUUUUUAACUGCUGGCACACGUACAGACUGUAUCAAUAUUGCGUUAUUGCAUUACGCCGUAUGAGUAUACCCAAGCAUAGCGUGCGACGAGAAGAAUAAACGAAAACUCUCUGUCUUCCCACUUAUAGACAGUCUUUACCUCCUGAGUACAAAAAGAGGAAACACGAAUCUACAUAUACAUUAGUUUAUAAAAAUAAAUAUCACAGAUGCUAACGUC